AUGGCUCUUACUGAACAAGACGCGAGAAACAGCGAUGAGGAAUACGAAGGUGAAACGGAUGAAGGAGAUGAUUACGAGGAAGCUCCCAAUCCGGUAGCUCAAGAGCCCGAGUUUGGCGAAGGGGCCAACGCCUCCGCUGAAGUUGUCGACGAUGCCGAAGGGGACGCAGAGGAGGAUGGGGGCGAAGAUGAGGAUGAGGAUGAAGAUGAAGAUGAGUUUGACGAGGAAGGUGUCGAAGAAGAAUAUAGCGACGAGGAAGAUGACGAAGAAGAUGAGGAGGAUGAAGAUGCAGAUGAGCAGCCGAACCACCAGCAGAUCUUGGCAAAUUUCUACAAAGAUAAAGACGAAGAUGUCGAACGUAGCGAAAGUGAAGAAGACGACGAAUACGAAAUUGAUGAAGAUGAAGUCACAGUGGUGGAAGAAAAGAAAGUUCAAGUGCCUCUCGCUGUCACGGGGGAGAAACGUAAAGCUGACACUUCUGUCGAAGAUGUGGGAGUUACGGACAAGAAAGCCAAAGCGGCCUAG